AUGAGAGGCUGGCAGAAUGAGAUUGUGAUGGAUCAUACGAUGGCAGCAUCUUGGGGCCGGUCAGGUCCGCCGAUGAUCUUCGAGCCACUGGCUAAGCUGAGCCAAGUCAUGUCUGAUGCCACACGUCGUUCCGUGUGCCUCCUUCUCCAGUGGAUGUUUCCCAAGGGUGCUGUGACGCAUGCAGCUCGAUCGCUGAUGUCGUACCUCAUGACGGAGGCUUACUUGAUGCCGCCGUUGAAGCCCUGA